UCUCCCUCUCCUCCUACUCAGCUGGCUCCAGGGGAAAAGCAACUGUGUCCUCGCCAGCCUGAGGCUGCCGCGGCCCACUUGGGCGAAGGGGCCGGUAUCCCUCCAACUCCCCACAAGGAGCUCUGGAGCCCUAGGACCAUGGCUACUCUUAAUAGGAACCAGCUAGGCCCUGGAUGCAAGACCCAGGCUGUGGUGCAGAAAGGGCCGUUGGAUCUGAUUGAGACGGGUCAAGGACUGAAGGUGCAGACAGACAAACCUCAUCUUGUGAGCCUGGGCAGCGGCAGGCUCAGCACAGCAAUCACUCUCCUGCCGCUGGAGGAAGGGAGGACAGUGAUUGGUUCAGCAGCCAGGGACAUCUCACUGCAAGGUCCAGGCCUUGCUCCAGAACACUGCUACAUCGAGAAUCUGAGGGGCACUCUCACCCUGUACCCUUGUGGCAAUGCCUGCACUAUUGAUGGGCUCCCUGUUCGGCAGCCCACCCGGCUCACUCAGGGCUGCAUGUUGUGUCUGGGUCAGUCCACCUUCCUGCGCUUUAACCACCCAGCCGAAGCCAAGUGGAUGAAGAGUAUGAUUCCAGCAGGGGGCCGGGCCCCAGGGUCCACGUACAGUCCUGGCUCUGCUGAAUCAGAGAGCUUGGUCAAUGGGAACCACACAGCACAGCCCGCAACCCGGGCACCUCCAGCCUGUGCCAGCCACAGUUCCCUGGUGAGCUCCAUUGAAAAGGACCUGCAGGAAAUCAUGGACUCGUUGGUGCUAGAGGAGCCCGGAGCUGCAGGCAAGAAGCCUGCAGCCACAUCCCCGUUGUCGCCAGUGGCUAAUGGUGGACGCUACCUGUUGUCCCCUCCAACCAGCCCAGGAGCCAUGUCUGUGGGCUCCAGCUAUGAGAACACCUCUCCGGCCUUCUCUCCACUGUCCUCACCAGCCAGCAGUGGAAGCUGUGCUAGCCACUCUCCCAGUGGGCAGGAGCCAGGACCUUCUGUGCCCCCGCUCGUGCCUGCCCGUUCCUCCAGCUACCAUUUGGCUCUGCAACCCCCACAGUCCCGCCCAAGUGGUUCCCGCUCCUCUGAGAGUCCCCGGCUGGGCAGGAAAGGGGGUCAUGAGAGACCUCCCAGCCCUGGUCUCCGAGGUCUUCUGACUGACAGUCCUGCAGCUACAGUCUUGGCUGAGGCCCGCAGAACCACUGAGAGUCCCAGGCUAGGUGGGCAGCUGCCUGUGGUGGCUAUCAGCCUGAGUGAAUAUCCAUCUUCCGGUGCCCGCAGCCAACCCACCAGUAUUCCUGGCAGCCCUAAGUUCCAGUCUCCAGUGCCUGCUCCCCGAAACAAGAUCGGCACACUCCAGGACCGCCCUCCCAGUCCUUUCCGUGAGCCCCCAGGCACAGAGCGGGUACUAACAACCAGCCCCUCUCGACAGCUUGUGGGCAGAACAUUUUCAGAUGGGUCAGCAACUCGUACCCUCCAGCCACCGGAGAGUCCCCGCUUGGGCCGGCGGGGCCUGGACAGUAUGCGGGAACUGCCCCCGUUGAGUCCAUCUCUGUCUCGAAGGGCUCUGUCCCCACUGCCAGCCCGGACUGCCCCAGAUCCCAAACUAAGCAGGGAAGUGGCAGAGAGCCCCCGGCCCCGGCGCUGGGCAGCCCAUGGGACUUCACCUGAGGACUUCUCCCUGACACUAGGAGCACGGGGCCGCAGGACUCGGAGUCCUUCGCCCACACUCGGGGAGUCCCUGGCACCUCGCAAGGGCAGCUUCAGUGGCAGGCUAAGCCCAGCCUACAGUCUGGGCUCUCUUACUGGGGCUUCACCUCGCCAGAGCCCCCAUGCUCAAAGGAAGCUUUCCAGUGGGGACUUGCGGGUGCCCAUCCCAAGGGAGAGGAAAAAUAGCAUCACGGAGAUCAGCGACAAUGAGGACGAUCUCCUGGAGUACCACAGGCGGCAGCGCCAAGAGCGGCUCCGGGAGCAGGAGAUGGAGAGGCUGGAACGCCAGCGCCUGGAGACCAUCCUGAACCUGUGUGCUGAGUACAGCCGAGCUGACGGGGGACCUGAGACUGGGGAACUGCCCAGUAUAGGAGAGGCCACGGCAGCACUGGCUUUGGCAGGCAGGAGGCCCUCAAGAGGCUUGGCAGGAGCCAUAGUAGUGUCUGGAAGGAGUGGUGAGGAGUCUGGAGGUGCCUCGCAGCGCCUGUGGGAGAGCAUGGAGCGCUCUGAUGAAGAGAAUCUCAAAGAGGAGUGCAGCAGCACAGAGAGCACCCAGCAGGAGCACGAAGAUGCUCCUAGCACGAAGCUCCAAGGAGAGGUGCUGGCUGUGGAAGAGGAGCGGGCUCAGGUUCUGGGGCGCGUAGAGCAGCUGAAGGUCCGAGUGAAGGAGCUGGAACAGCAGCUGCAGGAGGCAGCCCGAGAGGCUGAAAUGGAGAGAGCACUGCUGCAGGGGGAGAGGGAGGCGGAGCGAGCAUUGCUGCAGAAGGAACAAAGAGCUAUGGACCAGCUGCAGGAGAAGUUGGUGGCCUUGGAGACAGGCAUCCAGAAGGAGAGGGACAAGGAGAGGGCGGAGCUGGCCGCGGGACGGAGGCACCUGGAGGCCCGCCAGGCGCUCUACGCCGAGCUCCAGACGCAGCUCGAUAACUGCCCCGAGUCAGUGCGGGAACAGUUACAGGAGCAGCUGAGAAGGGAGGCAGACGCUCUAGAGACUGAGACAAAGCUCUUUGAGGACCUGGAGUUCCAGCAGCUGGAGCGGGAGAGUCGCGUGGAGGAGGAGCGGGAGUUGGCCGGCCAAGGGCUGCUUCGCAGCAAGGCUGAGUUGCUGCGCAGCGUGAGCAAGAGAAAGGAGCGCCUAGCUGUACUGGACAGUCAGGCUGGGCAGAUCCGGGCCCAAGCAGUACAGGAGUCAGAGCGUCUGGCCCGGGAAAAGAAUGCUGUCCUGCAGCUACUGCAAAAGGAGAAGGAGAAGCUGACUGUGCUUGAGAGGAGAUAUCAUUCGCUCACGGGUGGCAGGUCUUUUCCGAAGACCACCUCAACCCUCAAAGAGGGUCACCUACUCAUCCUCGAGGCCUCAGAGAUAGGGCUGGAGACCAAAGCUCUGGGCCAAUCCCCAAGGUCUUCCGAGCCUGGGGCCUCCUCUGUUCCCUUAACCCCUCCUGCUUCCACUCAGCUCUGUCCCAAAGCACAAGAGGAGUAUGUGAGCCUCACUGAGGUUCUCCAGCUGUGCUCUUGUUUGGGCCCCUAUGCUUCUGCUACCUGCCCUGGCAGGCUCCCCCAGUCCCCGCCUGACAGCAAGUACGUGACUCUUGAGCAGCUAAAAGUGAUUUGGGGCGCCCCACCUAUGCCCCCAAGCCCUUCGCCAAGCCUGCCUUCCUGGGCUUCUGCCUCCCAGGACCUCGUUCCCAUCACCUGUCUUCCUCCCACGCUGCCCUCUUCCUUCGCUUCCAUCACGCCUUCGUCUAAGAUGGAGAAACUGCUGCUCCCUGCUGUAGACUUAGAGCAGUGGUACCAGGAGUUGAUGGCCGGGCUGGGGACUGGCCUUGCUGCAGCCUCCCCUCGCUCCUCUCCCCCGCCUCUGCCUGCCAAAGCUUCUCGUCAGCUGCAGGUUUACCGCUCCAAGAUGAAUGGUGACAUGGCCAGCCCCCUGCCCAGGACCCGUAGUGGCCCUCUCCCCUCCUCCUCAGGCUCCUCAUCCUCUUCUUCACAGCUCAGCGUGGCUACCCUGGGCCGUAGUCCUUCCCCAAAGAGUGCCCUGCUCGCCCAGAAUGGCACCAGUAGUCUCCCUCGAAACCUGGCAGCCACGCUGCAGGACAUUGAGACCAAGCGCCAGCUGGCCCUACAGCAAAAGGUCGAGUUACCUCCUGCCGAGCCCCUCUCACCCGAAGACCCAGCAGGGCACCAAGUGAUCGAGGAGCAACGGCGACGGCUGGCUGAGCUGAAGCAGAAAGCAGCGGCAGAGGCUCAGUGCCAGUGGGAUGCCUUGCAUGGUGCAGCCGCCUUUCCAGCAGGCCCGUCUGGCUUCCCCACACUCAUGCACCAUUCUAUCCUGCACCACCUGCCAGCAGGCAGGGAACGUGGAGAGGAGGGCGAGCACGCUUACGACACCCUGAGCCUGGAGAGUUCGGACAGCAUGGAGACCAGCAUCUCUACGGGGGGCAACUCCGCCUGUUCCCCUGACAACAUGUCCAGCGCUAGUGGUCUGGACAUGGGCAAGAUAGAGGAAAUGGAGAAGAUGCUAAAGGAAGCUCACGCGGAGAAGAGCCGGCUCAUGGAGUCCAGGGUGAGGCUGACUGGAGCCAGGAGGCAGCAGGUGGAGCGGGAGAUGGAGCUACGGAGGCAGGCCCUGGAGGAGGAACGUCGGAGGCGGGAGCAAGUGGAGCGGAGGCUGCAGAGUGAGAGCGCCCGCAGGCAGCAGCUGGUGGAGAAAGAAGUCAAGCUGAGGGAGAAGCAGUUUUCCCAGGCUCGACCUCUGACACGUUAUCUUCCCAACCGGAAGGAGGACUUUGAUUUGAAGACCCACAUAGAGUCGUCAGGCCAUGGGGUGGACACCUGCCUACAUGUGGUGCUUAGCAGCAAGGUCUGCCGUGGCUACUUAAUCAAGAUGGGUGGCAAGAUUAAAUCGUGGAAGAAGCGCUGGUUUGUCUUUGACCGGCUGAAGCGCACCCUUUCCUACUAUGUGGACAAACACGAGACGAAGCUGAAGGGGGUCAUCUACUUCCAGGCCAUCGAGGAAGUGUACUAUGACCACCUGCGCAGCGCAGCCAAGAAAAGGUUUUUCCACUUCACCAUGGUGACUGAGAGUCCGAAUCCAGCCCUCACCUUCUGUGUGAAGACCCAUGACCGGCUGUACUACAUGGUGGCCCCAUCUGCAGAGGCCAUGCGCAUCUGGAUGGAUGUCAUCGUCACGGGAGCUGAGGGCUACACUCAAUUCAUGAACUAACUACCAGGCACCUCCUGGGUCCCCCAGGUCAGCCCCAGGACACCAUGCCCUGCCACUUGCUGCUCUGCUUGUCCCUGGAGACAGAGGCACACUGGGCACGGGCCACAAAGGGUCAGGAUGUAGUUGAGUACCCCAGGGCUUUUGUGCAAGAAAACGAAAUUGUUCUAUGAGGAGUUUGGUGCUUGGGAAUCAGGCUCCGGUCCCUAAAGAGCCAGCAGAGAGGAAAGGAAGAGGGAGGGCCUUGUCGCCUCCUGGGAGUCCAGAAGUGCAGGAUUCCCUCCUGGGUCCAGCAGGCUGAAGAGGCAUAGCUGAGCUGUGACUCUCAGCUCUGUCCUGGUACCCACUUAGCCCAGCUUACUUUCUCUCUGUAAAGGACAAAUUAUGGUACCAGAAUCUGCCAAAGAUCCCCUUUCUCAUCUCAUCCCCUCUACAGGGGUCUGGGGGGUCCUGAGCAGAGCCACGUGUAGAACAGGGGAGAGGCUCAGGCCUGCACUUCCCGCCCCCGGUCUGCCUCCUUCUCCUCCCACCUCCCACUUUUCACUACUUAGCUCAAGGACCAGAGACCUCAAGUGUCAUUCUCGAGGUCCAGCCCCGUAAUCAUGUUACAAGCCCAUCAUCCUUGUCUCCAUGGUGGCUGCUUCCUCACCAUGGUUACACACUAAUUGCCAUGGCCACUCUGUGGCUCUGCCCACUGCUUCGGCUGUGGGCCACAUGAGGGUACAUGCCACCCAUCUCUCCAACCCAGGCCUGGGGGCCUGUCACAUGGUGGGAGGAGAUAGAGUUCCUCCCGGCUGCAGUGUGUCUCCAGCCCCCAGCCCAGCCCUCUCCCUUUUACUGUGCCUUGCUUAGAGCCAGAAGGGAUGAUGUCCAGAGAUCCAAGACCAGAGAGCAGCAUCACUGAGGGGAGAGGAAGCUAAGAGGUCUGCCCUCCCAUUCUGACAGGACUAGUUCCCAAUAAGGAACGAGGGUGGUAGCUCAGAGUGUCUGGAAAGAAGCCUGAGUUGGGAGCAGGGCGGGCAGAAGCAGAGGCCCUGAGCUGUGGUAACCUCCCUUCAGUUUCCCAAAGGUGACGGGAAAGAAGGACAGAGGAUCAAGUCUCCAGCUGGCUGGCCUCAGCCUUGCGCCUUAACACUAAGCCACCUUCCCUGCCCUCCCCAGCACUGGGCCCUUGGUUGCUGGGCCUGGCUGGGUGUUUUGCAGUAUUUGUAAGCAUUUCAGCAGAACAAUAAAAGCAUUUUGACUAUGUA